CGACGUACGAGGGCUAAGAAACGCCGAAGCUUCCGCUACCGUGACGACGCGCCUUCAAACUAUCGUCCCGCCGAUUUAAAAAGAAGCCAGGAAACAUGGUCGUGGACGUGGAGGGGAUUAUCCGCUCUAUCGGGCGCGGGGAUGUGAGCGGCGUUCAGAGCCGGCUCCAGGAAUUCAACGCCGAGUACGCCCGCUGUUUCUUCUUUGACGCAGAGGAGAGGGACAGGAGGAAACAAAGAAAACUGGAAGAGUUCAGGAAGAAUAAAGUGAGGGAGAGCACCGAUUCCAAUUCCGACUGCGACGAGAGUGACCAGGAAGACCGAGGCCUGCUCCUCAGACAGAGUUUGGCUGCGGUGCUGGUGAGGUUCAUAAGAACGGGAAUCCCGUGUCAUCUGCUGCAAGUGGCUCUGCGAAGCCUGCGGAUCCUCUCCCGUGAUAAGAGGGUCCUGGGCCCCUUGGUGACCGACGACGCUCUCCUCACUCUGGCCGAAGCGGCCGGGUUGAGCGCGACCCGGCCAAACGACGACGCGGGCGAACCCGACUCGGAUUUCUACGACAACGUCAUCUCUUCCCUCGCCCGGGAAGUCGCAACGCCGCCGUGUCGCGGGGACGCCGACGACAACGCCGACGACCCGAGCCGAGAGGGUUCUGCCUUUGAGGACGAUGCCGACCGGGACCUCGGCGGCGAUUCGGAUGGCGUCGGCUGGCCCGGCGUGAACGAAGCGCACAGAGGCAGCAUCCACCACAAGGAGCUGGAGCAAGGGAGGAGGGACCGCCGAGAAAGCAAAAUGGAGGGCGAGGAUGAGGAGGAGGACAGUGUGCCGGGCGAGGAGGUGCAGAGGAAGGAGGCUUUGAAGGUGUUGUGUAACGUGGUGUACAACAGCACCUGGGCGCAGGAGCGCUUCAGCGCCCUCAGGCUGAUCUGCGGCCUCAGAGAGCGUCUCUCCUCCAGCGCCGCUUCCUCGGCUCCCUCCAGUGUUCACUUCUACCAAUUACGACUCACCUUCCUCGUGACUGCAUUGCGGCCCGAGCUCAGCGCUCAGCUUCAGCAGGACGGCGGCGUCUCCAUCCUCUCGGCCGCCCUGGAGGGCUGCCUGGAGGUGCGGUGGAAGGAGCAGUACGAGUGCGUGCUGGACCCUGCGGCGCCACCCAUUUCUCUGGAGGCCUCCCAGCGCAUCGUCGAGAUCCUCAAAAUCCUUUUCAACAUCACGCACAGAUCCCACAGGCAGGCGCCCACUGAGGUUGACGCAGCUCUCUACCGCCACCUUGUGGCAAUCCUGCGUCUCUGCCUGAUGCGGAAAUGCGUGACGCCUGAGGACACUGAUGAACUGCAAGGUCACACAGUCAACCUGUUGUCAGCGCUGCCCCUCCAGUGUCUGGAUGUUCUGCUGACGGUGCCUUUGGAGCCCGAUUCGGAGCAGUGCCGCGGCGUCAACAUGGACUGCGUCCAAAUCCUGCUGCUGUUUAUGGAGAGGCGCCUGGAAUCGGGGGAUAAAAUCAAAGAGAAAGUGACGCCAAUCCUCAAUCUGCUGACUGAGAGCUGCCGGGCACACAAAGAAACGCGCCACUUCAUCAGGACAUAUGUUCUGCCUCCUCUGAGAGAUGUUUCCCAGAGGCCGGAGGAAGGCUGCACCGUCAAGGGCCGUCUGAUCCGUCUCAUGACUCACCUGGACACGGACCUUAAACACUGUGCCGCCGACCUCAUUUUUGUCCUCUGCAAGGAAAAUGUCAGGCGUUUUGUCAAGUACACAGGCUACGGCAAUGCGGCGGGGCUGCUGGCCACCAGGGGUCUUUUGGCUGGCCCGACAUCCAGAACCUCCUGCGGCGAGACGCCCUACUCCAGUGACUCGGACUCCGAUACCGAGGAAUACCGUCGCGUUAAAGACAGAGUCAACCCGGUGACCGGGCGGGUAGAAGCGGAGUUGCCGGACCCCAUGGAGGGCAUGACGGAGGAGGAGAAGGAGGAGGAGGCCAAGAGGCUCAUUAAAAUCUUCAACAAGCUGUCCAGGGAUAACAUCAUUCGGCCAAUGGGAGUGGACGCGGACGGGAAGCUGGUCCCGAUGGCAGGACUGCGGGACGAAAGCCUCACCGAAGAAUCGGCGUCAGACAGUGACACCGCUGAAGUUGAGGAGAAUCAAUGAAGUACUACAUUCUUUCAUUCGGAUGUCCUUUUACUGCAGCGCAUCUCAAAGUCAGGGCCGGGGAUC